CUGAAAUUCCUUUUACGUUCAAGAUGGCGGGUGACGAGUCUGGAAUAACGCUGGGUCAGCCUCAUCUUUCCAAACAAGAUCUAAAUUCUCUGGUGAGUGUUUAUCUUUUCAACAGUGAUGAUAAUGAUAGUGAUGGUUUGGUUCCCUAAAAGUCAUCGGAAAAAAUAUGAAUAGUUAUGUUGUCGCGGGCACCGGGAAAGCGGCUGUUCAACCGGCACAUGCUAACAGUAACUAGCUAACGUUAGCUUGGCUGUCCUAGAAGCGUGGGGAUUGUCCAUAUUCAUUCUCGCCGAAUGAGUAAAGGCAGUUUCCUCUUUCAUAUACAGGAACAUUCUAGACCUACAGGUCCAUUUGUCAGUUGUUGUUUAUGUGCAUUUGUCUGUGGAAUUAUAACAGCUGUUCAGUGCAUCAUCUUCCCUGAAUGCACAGGAAAUGUGUCGCAGCAGCACAUCUGAACAACAGCCCAUUCAUUUGUAUGAAUGACCUGUAAUCAACACUUCUUCGUUUUUUAUUAAGAUACGCUGUAAUUAAACUAAGUUUAGCUGUUCAAUUAGUCGAUAAUAUUGCUGUGGAUGUUAACAUGGUACCAUCUGCACCUGAUGGUCACAUCAACGAGCACGUCGUCACGUAGGCUAAACUCGCAGCCUCUGCCCAGGUCCCGUUUCCUAAUGCAGAAUAGAUGACACUUCCAGAUUAUAAUACAGACAGACAGUCCUCUCUGUCUGCUUCACAAUGUCAUAGCUCACAAUACUGACACAAUUAAUCAUCCAUUCCUUAUUUCUCAUGACUACAUCUCUCAUUGUUAUUUAGCCUACUCCAGAUUAAGUACCAUGCCUUGCUUACUUUAUUGACCUGUGUGUGUUCUCUCAACAGGAUGUGUCCAUCCUGACCCCUCUCUCUCAAGAGAUCAUCAGCAGACAGGCCACCAUCAACAUUGGUGAGUGAACCAGAACCAGUCCCCUAUAGCAGCUAGUGUUGUCAUGAUACCAGUAUCGCGAUACCAGAUUUUCCUUAGCAAAAAAGAAAACACUAAGCAGACUCAACUCAAUGGUCCUUUAAAUCAAAUCAAAUGUUAUUUGUCACAUGCGCCGAAUACAACCGGUCUAGUAGACCUUACCGUGAAAUGCUUACUUACAAGCCCUUAACCAACAAUGCAGUGUUAAGAAAAUAUUAACUAAAUGAACGAAAGUUUUUUUUAAAGUAACACAAUAAAAUAACAAUAACGAGGCUACCGGUACCGAGUCAUGUCAGUUGAGGUAAUUUGUAGGUAAGGGUAAAGUGACUAUGCAUAGAUAAUAAACCGCGAGUAGCAGCAGUGUAAAAACAAAGGGUGGCCGUUUGAUUAAUUGUUCGGCAGUCUUAUGGCUUGGGGGUAGAAGCUGUUAAGGAGCCUUUUGGACCUAGACUUGGUGCUCUGGUACCACUUGCCAUGCGGUAGCAGAGAGAACAGUAUGACUUGGGUUUCUGGAGUCUUUGACUAGUAUAGAGGUCCUGUAUAAGAGGUCCUGGAUGGCAGGAAGCUUAGCCUCAGUGAUGUACUGGGCUGUACGCACUACCCGUAGCGCCUUACGGUCGGAUGCCAAGCAGUUGCCAUACCAGGCGGUGAUGCAACCGGUCAGGAUGCUCUCUGGUGCAGCUGUAUAACUUUUUGAGGAUCUGGGGACUCAUGCCAAAUCUUUUCAGUCUCCUGAGGGGAAAUAGGCGUUGUCCUCUUCACCACUGUCUUGGUGUGUUUGGACCAUGAUACUUUUGUAAAAUAUUGUGUGCUAUAGCUUGGAAAAUAAAAACAUGUGACUAUGGAUGACAACAUACGGCUGUUUUUACCAACUUUAGGAUUGUUUUCCUCAAGAAAUUAAGUCUGCUUCAUGUUUUGUUUUCUGUGCUUCCUUACUUUCUAGUAUUGCGAUACUGGUAUCGUGACAACACUAAUGGCAGCAGUGGUGUCUUGUCUAACAUGAGACCUGGGGACUUCAGCCAUCUAUAGUCUGCCUCUUACCUGUCUAACAUGAGACCUGGGGACUUCAACCAUCUAUAGUCUGCCUCUUACCUGUCUAACAUGAGACCUGUGGACCUCAGCCAUCUAUAGUCUGCCUCUUACCUGUCUAACAUGAGACCUGGGGACUUCAGCCAUCUAUAGUCUGCCUCUUACCUGUCUAACAUGAGACCUGGGGACCUCAGCCAUAUAUAGUCUGCCUCUUACCUGUCUAACAUGAGACCUGGGGACUUCAGCCAUCUAUAGUCUGCCUCUUACCUGUCUAACAUGAGACCUGGGGACCUCAGCCAUCUAUAGUCUGCCUCUUACCUGUCUAACAUGAGACCUGGGGACCUCAGCCAUCUAUAGUCUGCCUCUUACCUGUCUAACAUGAGACCUGGGGACCUCAGCCAUCUAUAGUCUGCCUCUUACCUGUCUAACAUGAGACCUGGGGACUUCAGCCAUCUAUAGUCUGCCUCUUACCUGUCUAACAUGAGACCUGGGGACCUCAGCCAUCUAUAGUCUGCCUCUUACCUGUCUAACAUGAGACCUGGGGACUUCAGCCAUCUAUAGUCUGCCUCUUACCUGUCUAACAUGAGACCUGGGGACCUCAGCCAUAUAUAGUCCGCUCCUUACCUGAUCUCCCAAUUCUAGCCUGUCUGAUUAAAUGCACAAAUUUGACAUUGGGAAAAUAAGGAUUCAAAGGCUGAUUAUUGACGAUGUUAUACUGUGAGCGUUGACCCCUAAUACCCUUCUCUACCGCCCUAGCACCUCCAGUAACACCCUCUGUUCUCUCCUGCCCUCUGCCUUGUAGGCACCAUUGGUCAUGUGGCCCACGGAAAGUCUACGGUGGUCAAGGCCAUCUCUGGUGUUCACACUGUCCGCUUCAAGAACGAGCUGGAGAGGAACAUCACCAUUAAGCUAGGUUACGCUAACGCCAAGGUAAGCAAACGAUGCACUGUUUAGGUCCAAUACAUGAAGGUUGAGGUCACAAAGGUUUUUAUCAUACCUACCAGACUUAGGAGCACCCAUAACUGUUAGUAGCACACGAGGAAGGGGCGUGACAUUGGUAGAAUGAGUGAAUGGAAAUGGCACAGUACCAAAAGCAGAGAUGACGUGGUUCCCCUUUACUGCUCUAGGUGUAUAAGCUGGAUGACCCCAGCUGUCCCAGGCCAGAGUGCUACAGGUCCUGUGGCUCCAGUACUCCUGAUGAGUUCCCUACAGACAUCCCUGGAACCAAGGGCAACUUCAAACUGGUCAGACACGUGUCCUUCGUGGACUGUCCCGGUCACGACAUUCUGAUGGCCACCAUGCUGAACGGAGCAGCUGUCAUGGACGCUGCCCUCCUCCUCAUUGGUGAGACACACUUCUGCUGAUCAAUACUGUAUAAUAAUCCCCUUACUAAUAAAUCAUCUGUAACUCUUACCCCUGACACUGUACUGAUUGAACAAUAAUCACAUUCCCCUAUCACCUGAUCAGCUCUCAGUAACUUAACCCACCUCUCCUCCAGCGGGUAACGAGUCGUGUCCCCAGCCCCAGACCUCUGAGCACCUGGCUGCUAUAGAGAUCAUGAAGCUCAAACACAUCCUGAUCCUCCAGAACAAGAUCGAUCUGGUCAAGGAGAGCCAGGCCAAGGAGCAGUACGAACAGAUCCUAGCUUUCGUACAGGGUCAGUGGCUGGAAUAGCUUGCUCUUGUACAGCUUUGUGUGUGUGUUUGUCUGAGGGAAGUGUGUGUGUGUGUGUGUGUUUAACCCCUCUCUCUCAUGUGGUGUGUAGGUACAGUGGCAGAGGGAGCACCUAUCAUUCCAAUCUCUGCCCAGCUGAAGUAUAACAUAGAGGUGGUGUGUGAAUACAUUGUCAAGAAGAUCCCUGUCCCCAUCAGAGACUUCACCUCAGAACCUAGACUCAUUGGUAUGAAUAGACACACGUGAUGACUUGAACCAGCAGUCUCUGUUAUGCUUAUGAUAAUGUUUUGUUGAUGUGUGUUAAUGUGGUGCGUGUUUACGCGUUUCAGUGAUCCGGUCAUUUGACGUCAACAAGCCGGGUUGUGAGGUAGAUGACCUGAAAGGAGGCGUGGCUGGAGGAAGUAUACUAAAAGGCGUGCUCAAGGUAGGACACCUGCCGCUUCCCUUUGCUUCAAAGCAUCAUGGGCAAGUGGUUCAAUGGCACACAGUUCUUAUGAAGCUCUCUGCUUUCAUUAACCUCUGCCAUUCAUUCUCUCUCUCUCAUCCUCUUUCUCAUCUCCUCUUUCUCUCUCUCCUCAUCUUCUUUCUUUCUCUCUCCCUCCUUCUUUUCUUCUUUCCCUCUCCAGGUGGGUCAGGAGUUGGAGGUGCGUCCAGGCAUCGUGUCUAAGGACCAUGAGGGGAAGCUGAUGUGUAAACCCAUCUUUUCCAAGAUCGUCUCUCUGUUCGCUGAACACAACGACCUGCAGUAUGCAGCACCCGGAGGACUCAUCGGUAUGAACCUGCGUGUGUGUGUUGUGACGGUGUGGUGGGUCAGGUGUGUGUUUCUGAUAGGGGUAUAAACACUCAGGUGUGUGUUUCUGAUAGGGGUAUAAACACUCAGGUGUGUGUUUCUGAUAGGGGUAUAAACACUCAGGUGUGUGUUCUCUUCCCUAUCCAGGUGUAGGCACUAAGAUUGACCCGACCCUGUGCAGAGCUGACCGUAUGGUUGGUCAGGUGCUGGGAGCGGUCGGAGCGCUACCAGAGAUCUUCACAGAGCUGGAAAUCUCCUACUUCCUGUUGAGGAGGCUUCUGGGAGUCCGCACUGAAGGAGACAAGAAGGCUGCCAAGGUCAGCACUGCACCCUGGGCUUGGUGUUGUACUGGUGUGGACGGAAAUGGACUGGAUUUUUUUAUUCAGAUUUUGUAUUAAAUCUAGAGGAGGAAGCAUCUUUAGAUUAUUGAGACCCAGUGAGAGUGCUAUGGUUUUUUUCUCUCGUUAUGUUUGUGUUGUGUUUCUCCCUUCAGGUCCAGAAGCUGUCUAAGAACGAGGUGUUGAUGGUGAACAUCGGCAGUCUGUCUACGGGCGGCAGAGUGAGUGCAGUGAAGGCUGAUUUGGCCAAGAUCGUCCUGACCAACCCUGUCUGCACUGAGGUCGGAGAGAAGAUUGCGCUCAGUCGUCGUGUGGAGAAACAUUGGCGGUAAGAUCGGGAGAGAAGAGGGGUUGAUUUUAGGUGUGCGCGUGUUCUGCUGUUUACCCUGAAUAUCGUGUCUCAUUGGUUCUCUUCCCUCUCUGCAGUCUGAUUGGCUGGGGCCAGAUCAGGAGGGGCGUGACCAUCACCCCCACGGUGGACGACGACUGAGGAACCAGACAGGAAGUGUGUGUCUUCAUGGUGACACCCUCUCAACCAGACGACAUGCCCAACAUACUCUUUUUCAUACACCCACACCUGUUCAGGUCGAAAAAGAGGGAUACUUGCCCCAGGAGGGGGAAGGGAAGAGGCUGCAUCUCAAUAGUCUAAACUGACUUCCUCACUUUGUCUUCUCUCAUCUGCACUGAUAAAUAUAGAACUGGGACUGGUGAAAGCACGUUACUCGUAUUAGGUUUCUACUGCUUUCACCUGUCUUGUUUUCAGAUCAAUGCAGACGAAGGCGGAUAGAUGAGGAGAGGAAGCCACAGUAGAGGAUUGAGAUGCAUCCAGGGAGGGGUAAGGGAAGGUAGCAGGUCUGGGGUUUUAAGAUGAGUAUCUCCCAAAGCAGGACUGUGACUGAUUGAACAGGGGGUAGCACUCACAAUGCUACAGAUAGAAAUGUAAUGGAUGGAGCUGAGAUGACACGAGUCCCUAUUAAUUCCACAUGAUGGAGAAUCCUGUCUUGAUAUAUUUCUAUCUGGCUGUACAGUAAGCGUUGCUCCCUCCUGCGUAAGCCCUGCCACAGAGGGGAGAGGAACAGAGGGUUGAUAGUGCUGUGUGUGUUCUGCUGUCAACGGCUUUCAGUGGAAUCUAAUAAAAUGCACAUUUGGAACAAAA